AUGUUUCAUGAGGUCUACAACAAGCUAAGCAAUAUGUCCGAAGUAGAAUUACCUCUUGCUGGCAUAGAUUUUGACCCUAGUGAAGCAUUUUUAACAUAUAUUUCCUCGUUUUCCAAUGAGACCAGAAUUACUUUUGAAGAUCUUGAGGAUUUCGUCCAUAGUAAGAUGGUAUUAGGUACCAUAAUGGGUACCAAGAUAGGUGCUGCUGGUAUGGUACUUGUGGUGUUAUGGAUGAUCUCAAAGAAUAGAAGAACUCCAAUUUUUAUCAUUAAUCAAAUAUCUUUAAUUUUGGUACUAAUACACUCUUCCUUAUUCAUACGAAACAUGUUUGGCAGAUUUUCCUCAAUUACAUUUAGUCUGACGCUAUUUCCUCAAUAUGUCCGGAAAGAGGAUGUAAACGUUUAUAAUGCUGGUAAUAUGGUGUUAGUGGCACUAAUUGCGGCUCUCGAGACCUCAUUAAUAUUCCAAGUUCGGGUGAUAUUUCGGGCAGAUAACUUUAAAAGAUUGGGAGCAAUAUUAACAGGCAUAUCAGUGACAUUAGGUUUGGCAACGGUUGCGAUGUACGUUGUAUGCGCAAUUGACGGCUACAUAGUUACCAGAAGAGAUGUGACUGAAGAAAUUGCUCCUUACUUUUUUAGUAUUGCUAAUAUUCUGCUUGCAACUUCAGUGAAUUUUAUGACGUUACUCCUGUCAGUUAAGUUGUUUUUGGCCAUAAGAUCAAGGAGGUUCUUAGGUUUAAAGCAGUUUGACAGCUUCCACAUUCUAUUCAUUAUGUCAUCACAGACACUAAUUUGUCCUUCCUUAUUGUUCCUACUAGCUUUUGGAUUAGAUAGUCCUAAUACAGGUCCGUUAACAUCAAUUGCAACUCUCUUGGUAAUAUUAUCAUUGCCAUUGUCAUCAAUGUGGGCUACCUCUGCUAAUAACCAAACCAAUCCAAGCUCAAUUAAUACCCAAUUUAGUCCUUCCAGCGAUGAUAGUUCAUUCCGCACUGGGUCAUCCAGCUACUAUGCACACAGCUUUUCAUCUAAAAAGGAUAAAUCUAAUAAAAUGUAUGACCUUUAUCCUAUCAAAAAGAACAUUGGUAGCGAAUCAUUCAACGGAGGAGAUGCCAGUACGCACGUAGAUUUAGAAAAGAACACUUUCCAACGCGGAGAAUACGGUGGUGGAUUUGCAGUUUCUACAAAUAUGAAUCAAAUUGCCGAGCAAAAUAUCACAGGUUUCGGCAAAACCCGAGACCAAUUCAAGGGUGAGUAUGAAGUACAGACGCCAACUACUGCUGCCGAUGAAGAUGCCAGAGUAUUUUGGUCUCAAGUUUCACUGCCUUUAAAGAAUGGCCCAACUGUAGGAACAUACUUGGAAGUAGAGGAUGCUUCUCCGACUAAGGAACCCUUCCAAACACCCAGUACCGCGGAUAAUUCUACACUGUCGCCAUCUUACGAUGCAAAUAAACAAUAA